CGUUUACAGUCGCAUGAGACGUGUACAAUUCAGGACACGCUCUACAUAGACUGAUAAAGAAUAUCUCUUUAUAAUUUGUGUUUAAAACUUCUGGUAUUGUCACGAGAUAUAGAUGUGAAUUAACAAGUUACUACGAAAAAUAUAUUUUUUAAAAUUAAAGUGCAUUUUUAAAAUUUUCGUGCAAUGGACGUGAAAUGUAUUAAAUAUUUAUUAUGUUUACUAUUUUUCGUAGAAGUAAAUCCUGUGGCUUUGAAAGGCCCGCCUCUGACACGAUACGACCCUUGUGGGUUAGGUAUUAUUUAUUUUGAAAAAGUAGCGGACAAGUUUUGGUUAGGUGUCGUGCAUUUUGGUCUGUAUUCUAAUAUUAUUGAAGCUGAGAUGGAGAUAUAUUUUGAUAAAGAAGUCGUUAUAUACGGGGCAUCACAAGACACAAGUUUCAGAGUAAAACGGAACACCUGGCAGCAUUACGUUAUAAGACCUAAAGGACGUGUUCCAAAACGAUACGUAUUUUACAUACAAAUACAAAAUUGUACUGCGAUGGAAGAUGAUACACCUACUGUCUCACAGUUUAAACUAAACAACGUGACUCUUUGCGACAAUGCUAUAAAGGCGUCUUACACAGUUAAGUCUUUUAAUGUAACCGAAGAGUUUGCUGGUGCUUCAUACGCCCACGUUUGCGGUAGAAGAUCACUCAACCACACAGAGUUUACAUCAGUCAGGACUGAAGCCUUGGCUGGGGACUGGCCGUGGCAUGUGGCAAUCUUGAUAAAUAAAGUUAACAAAACUGUCGCUUCCUACGAUUGCGGUGGUAGCAUUAUAUCUAAAACUGCUGUUAUCACAGCUGGACACUGUGUAUUCGAGAACAAUGUGUUACUAGAACCACACAGAUUAGUUGUGAUAGCCGGUGUGAAUAAUUAUAAAGAUCUGUUACAAGUUGGAAGGCAACUAAGAACUGCCACGGAUAUAGUACUCCAUCCAAAUUACCAAAAUGAAUAUGCAACGGCAGAUCUGGCAAUUAUAAAAGUCAACAGCUUCGUGUACACUGAAUUCGUGCAACCAAUUUGUAUAUGGGGGCCAGUUUAUGACAAAACAAAUUUAUUUGGAAAAGAAGCUACGGUGGUCGGUUUCGGUUCCACGGAAGACGACAAACAAUCCGAAAUCUUAAGAUCAGCUUAUACGGUAGUACAAAACGACACUAUUUGUAUCAAAUGGGCGCCAAAUAUAUACGGAAAGCUACUAAAUGAGUUCACUUUCUGCGCUGGAUAUGGACCUAAAUCAUCUAUCAACCCACGCAACGGCGACAGCGGCGGUGGUCUCGUUGUUAAAACAAUACAGCCAGAUCACAAAAUCAGUUGGUUUCUCAGAGGCGUUUUGUCUAAAUGCGGAGUAUCUCCUGGUAAAAAAGACUGCGACCCUACUUACUACGUGGUAUAUACCGACGUUGGUCCACAUUACGGUUGGAUAUAUCAUCAUUCUGGUCUUGAAUACAGAAAUAAUAUCAAGAGCGGUUAAAGUAAUUAAUAAUAGUGGAAAUAAUAAUUAAUUGAGCGAACUUUGUGAUAAGUCGCCACAAAUAUUUGUACGUUCUACAGAAUAUUGAUAACGCGGUAUUUCCAAUUAAUUAGAUAAUUGGUUAUAAAAAUAUUGCGUUGUUAUUUAUUGUUAUCUAACUAGCUGCUAUUUGCCGGCGAAUAGUUGUGACAUAUCGUAUAUCUUGAACGACGUGGUGGUAUAUUUUGUAAGGAAAUCGAGUUUGACUCGUACUCACCUUGUAAAUACGGAGCGUGUAAAUGUAAAGUGGUAAGCACAAGGCUUCUGACGGUUGCCCGUGUCGCUUUUAUUGAAAGAAAUUUUACUGGCGUUUUAUUAAACCGAUAUAACUUAUGGUCUAAAUUUGAAUGUGCUUACAAAUGUUUAUAUUUUA